AUGGCAAAGCGCAUUAGCCAAAAGUUGAGCUUUAUUUCAACUACAAUACACUCUUGGAUUCGAAGUGUCACUUUUAAAGUAGGACCAAGACACUUCCAGAUAUUUUAUAAGUCUAUAUUCAUCAUGUUAAGUACCAAGAUUAUUGGAAGUGUUCGUCCAGCAGCCCGUGUGGUUCCGCUAUAUCCAUUGCGUUAUUCCCAAUUGCAGAGGUAUCAGUCGAAUGUAAAACAAAAUAGUUCGAGCAAUAGUGGUGUUAAUGCUAAUACCACUACUAAUGCUACUAAAGCUGCUAAACCUAAGCCAAAGGAACCUCUUUCGCAGAGGAUUAAGCACGAAGUUAAGCACUAUGUGAAUGGUACAAAAUUGUUGGGCUAUGAAAUUAAAAUCUCGGCAAAACUUUUAUUCAAAUUCAUGCAAGGUUACGAAUUAUCAAGAAGAGAAACGAACCAAUUGAGAAGGACUACUUCAGAUGUUUUCCGUUUAGUGCCGUUCUCUGCCUUUAUUCUAGUUCCAUUUGCAGAACUACUUUUGCCUAUUGCAUUAAAGAUCUUCCCAAAUCUUUUACCAUCAACCUACGAAUCCGGUACCGAUAAGCAAAAGAAGACUGAUAGUCUUAUUGAUGUUAGAAGAAAGACUUCUAACUUCUUACGUGAAACUUUGGAAGAAUCUAACUUGUUGAGCUACAACUCAAUUGAAACUGCGGAAAAGAAGAAGAAAUUUUUAACUUUCUUCAAAAAAUUGUAUUCACCAAAGGAUGGUAAGACAAACGUUUUCACCCAUGACGAAAUUUUGUUAGUGGCUCAAAUGUUUAAGAAUGAUAGUGUCUUGGACAAUUUGUCAAGACCUCAGUUGGUUGCCAUGUCAAAAUUCAUGUCUAUUACACCAUUUGGUAAUGACAACGUCUUACGUUACAGAAUUCGUCAUAAACUAAAGCAAAUUAUGGAAGAUGAUAGAAUUAUCGAUUAUGAAGGUAUUGGAUCUCUAUCUGAAUAUGAAAUCUACCAAGCCUGUGUUUCUCGUGGUGUGAAAGCCUACGGUGUCUCCAAGGAAGAAUUGGUCGAUAACUUGAAAGUUUGGUUAGAAUUACGUUUGCGUCAUAAGGUCCCCUCUGUUCUUCUAGUGCUAAGUUCAACUUUCACUUUUGGUGGAUUAGAAAAGAAACAAGUUCUUGAUAGCAAGGCGUACAGCCCUCAAGUCGAGCAUAAGGAACAAAAAAGUCGUUACGAUGAGUUGAUGGACUUGUACUACGACGGUAUCCUACAUGUGUUGAGUUCUAUUCCUGAUCCAGUUUACAAUGUGGCCAAAUUGGAUGUCUCUGAAUCGAAGCAACCUUCAGCUACUGUGACUAAAGAGGCUGCAUUAGCUCGUGCACAAGCUGCUGAAAGUGCUCUCCAAAGUGCUAUUGAAAAGCAAGCACCUGAAGGUAUUGAAAGAGCAAAACGUGCGGUCACUGAGGCUAACGAAGAAUUAGCAAAGGCAGAAGCUGCAGCACAAGAAACUCCUUCUCAACCAGCACCUGAAGCUGAACCUGCUACAAAGGAGAAACCUGAAGUCAAAGAACCAGCUCCAGCGGCAGAAAAGGUUAAAACUGAAGCUGAACCUAAACCUGAAGAAAAGGAAGAAGAAGAAGAAGAAGUUGUCCCAACUACAGAUGAUAACGAAUUUAAACUAAGAGUCCUUAAGGAACAAGAAGAACUUAUCAAGAAGGAAACUGAGGACGCAAAGGCAAGAAAGACAGCUGAACACCUAUCAGACGACAUUACUUUAGAUGAGGAAGAUAAGCCAACAACUCCAAUUCCAGCAGAGGAAGGAGCUAAGAAAUCUGUCAUUGAGAAGAAGAAUUGA